AUGAUCAUAUUUCAACAAAAUAUUCAAAAUUGUUCUGUUUGUUUAGAAGAAAUUACAAAAAUUAGAAAUAUUACAGAUGAUCUUAAAUUUAAAAUUAAUAAUUGUUCUGAUAGAGAUUAUUAUAAUCAUCUUAUAUAUGAAAAUGACAAAUUAUGUUCUAAAUAUUAUAUGAAAAUUAUAAAUUCUUAUCAUCGACAAAAAUCUAUGAUUAAUGAAGAUAAUUUAAUAGAAAUUAGUAAAUCUACUACAGAUUUAAUGAAAAUUAGUAGUGAAUCUAAUAUUUCAACAAAUUUAAUGGAAAUUAAUGAAUCUAAUACUUCAACAAAUUUAAUGGAAAUUAAUAAUUUAAUAGAAAUUAGUGAAUCUAAUACUUUAACAAAUUUAAUGGAAAUUAAUAAUUUGAUGGAAACUUGUAAAUCUAAUACUUCAACUAAUUUAAUAGAAUUAAUUGAGAUUCAAAAAAAAGAAUUAAUUGAAAAUACUGAAAAUUUAAACAAAAUUAAUCAACAAUUUAAUAAUAUUGAAAUUAAUAUUACUAAUAAGAGAGUUUUAAUUGAUAAAGAAAACUUUGAUCAAUUAAUCAAAUUAAUUAUUCAAAAAAAUUUAAAAAUUGAAGCCUUAACUAAUCAAAAUAAUAAUAAUUUAACAACUAUUAAUAUAGAUAAUUCUGGAUUUUUUGAAGAAAUGAUGGAUGCAUUAAUUCCAACAAAAAGAUUGAUUAAAAAUAGAGAAAAAGCAAAAAAACAAGUAGUUGCAUAUUGUUAUCUUUUAGUUGGAAUAAGAAAUAAGUUUGCAAAUAAUUUUAAAUUAGAUCUUGCACUUUUUUUACAAUCUUCAGGAAUGUCUAAUUUAGGAAUUAAUAUUUUAUCAAAUAUUGGUCUUAGU